AAUCACCGGAAGGAACUAAAAGAGAAGACCUGAAUGUGUUGCGGUACGAGUUGAUUGCAGCCUGUGUAAUUUCGAUGAUUACUGGCUACAUUCUGUUUGCUUGGAACCAUAUCUGGCGUAAGCCCAUACGAACUAAUUUACUGCACGUUAUAAAAUUCGCACUCAUCGAAAACGACUAUGCGAAGGAGAUAAACGCCAUUCAACAGCAAUUUCAAUGUUGCGGAGUUUCGCUGAAUGGUGCGGAACCGCAACACAUUCAAGGCUCGUUACCAUGGUCAUGUUGCCGCUCCAAACAUAAUUCCAUAUCCUGUGAACAUCUGGAUUUUCGGCGAUUCAAAAGAGUGCUAAACGAAACAAAUUUUGAACGGCUUCGCAGUUAUGCGGCUCAAUUUAAGCAACACUGGGAUUGCAAGCGGAAAAAAGCACUGGCACUACAUUCGGUGUACAGCGACGAUUGUGCUAAAGCAUUUCAUCGCACCUUUAAAUUCGAGUUUUUUUAUCUCAACGCUGCCAUGUCGUAUGCAGUAGGUAAGUAGUG